AUGCCUUCUAGUCAAGAGCCGCAUGUCGGCGGUGUCUGGAUCUCUCCAGGCGGAGGCCGGAGAGACUCCAUGAGGAGCAGUAUGAGUAUUGCCUCGGAGGUAGAGAUGGCACAUGAUGAGGUAUUCUCUGGACCCAUGUCCGAGAGCAUCCCUUCCAGUACAGUAUCAUUUGCGCAUCGUCGACCUCGGAAUGACUCCACCGUGACAUUUACCUACCUCGAAGACGACGACUUGGGAUGGGAGAGUGAAGAAGCCGUGGAGCAGGAUGGUGUGUCGGGGGAGAGGGAUAUAGAGGACGAGUAUGAGGAAACGGCGUCAUUGCCUGGGCGACCUAGAAGCCGAUCCUAUUCCCACGUUUCUGUCGAAGAUCCCCUUCUUUCUCGUUACGAAUCGUCGCAUUCACUAGCCGAAUGGAAGAGAAGUGGCGGCCGUAUUAGCCAGAAGAUCUACAUCGUGACGGAGGACUUGACAGCUAUGAUAACAGGGUUUCGCACCAGUCCGAGCGGGUUCACUAUGUAUAUGGCUAUAUGCAUAUUGACUCUAGGAUUGGCGUAUCUCGUUCUCCGUUGGCUUCCCAAAUGGCGCAUACGAUUGAUAGGAACUCAAACACCACUUGGCGACUGCCAUUGGGUCGCAAUUGAAGAUCAAUAUGGGCAAUUUUUGAUUCACCAAAUAUCCAAAGAAAGCUAUGGACAUCCUCUUUCUACAGUGUUUGGUAUUGCAUCGCUCGAGGCCCUCAACCAUGAAAACGAGGAAGACAGCGACCCCAACUUGAAUUAUCUAAGGUCUAUAGAUUAUCGGUAUUUAAGAUUUGUUUACCACCCCCUCAAAGAUAAAUUUUUGUCUGUCAACGGCUGGAAGGACCCGAGUUGGACGAGUGCCAAACUUAUGCGGCUGGGGCUGGAUGCGGACGAGAGAGAUAGAAGGGAGCAGGUUUUUGGUCAAAACCUCAUUGAUGUGGACCAGAAGCCUAUGGCCCAGCUUCUCAUCGACGAGGUCCUGCAUCCUUUCUACAUUUUCCAAGUUGCAAGUUUGGUUUUAUGGUCUUUGGACGACUAUUAUUACUACGCUGCAUGUAUUUUCUUUAUAUCUAUUUUCAGUAUUAGUGCUACCAUCUUAGAGACAAGAUCGACAAUGGCGCGCUUAAGGGAAGUUUCUCACUUUGAAUGCAAUGUCAGAGUGCUCCGAAAUGGAUUCUGGAGAAGUGUUUCGUCUACUAAUAUGGUUCCGGGUGACGUUUUUGAAGUCUCUGAUCCAUCACUGACCCAAGUACCAUGUGAUUGCUUGUUAUUGUCCGGUGACUGCAUUAUAAACGAGAGCAUGUUAACCGGCGAAUCUGUUCCCGUUUCCAAACUGCCUCUUACGGAGGACCUCCUCGACAACCUCGAUUUGAAAGCCCCCUCCAUCAAUCCGCUUGUGGCCAAACACUUUCUUUUCUAUGGCACAAAAGUGAUUCGCGCAAGGAAACCACGCGACACUGGCGGCGAGGCCGUUGCUCUUGGUAUUGCUCUUCGCACAGGAUUCUCAACAACAAAGGGCUCUUUGGUUCGCUCAAUGCUUUUCCCCAAGCCUUCCGGGUUUAAAUUUUACCGAGAUUCUUUCCGCUAUAUUUCUGUAAUGGGAGUGAUUGCGAUUUUUGGGUUCACAGCUUCGUUUAUGAAUUUCAUAAGGCUUGGUCUAUCUUGGCGCACUGUCAUAGUGAGGGCUCUCGAUCUCAUCACUAUUGUCGUCCCACCGGCAUUACCUGCGACUUUGACUAUAGGGACCAACUUUGCACUAUCCCGACUAAGAAACCAGCAGAUAUUCUGUAUAAGUCCGCAGAGGGUCAACGUUGGAGGCAAACUAGAUGUCGUCUGUUUCGACAAAACUGGAACGUUGACCGAGGAUGGAUUAGAUGUUCUCGGAACUCAAACGGUCGGCACAAACCGAAGAUUCGGUGACAUGUUUUCUAGCCCCGCAGAUAUGGCCUCGAGUGUCAAUCCACGGCGCAACACCACAAUUGACCAAGAUAAAUGUAAAGGGGUCAUACAUACUAUGGCCACAUGCCAUUCACUUCGGGUUAUUGACGGCGAGCUACUGGGUGAUCCCCUCGAUAUCAAGAUGUUUGAAUUUACUGGAUGGACUUUUGAGGAGGGGGGCAAUGCACAGAUUGAUCACCAGACAAGUAUGAAAGGAGAUACAAUCAUACCUUCAGUGGCAAGACCACCUACUAUAGGCUAUGGUUUUCAAAAUGAAGAGGGUCGUUUGGAAUUGGGCAUUUUGCGGUCAUUCGAAUUCGUUUCCGAACUUCGCCGUACAAGUGUCAUUGUCCGACAGUUUGGUGACAACGGGGCCAGUGUGUUUGUCAAAGGUGCCCCGGAAUGUAUGAAGGAGAUUUGCCAUGCCAACAGUUUGCCACAUGAUUAUGAUGAGCUGUUGAAUUACUACACGCACAAGGGAUAUCGAGUUAUUGCUUGUGCUACAAAAUACGAAAGCAAGCUCAGCUGGAUGAAAAUCCAGAAGAUGUCGAGAGAACAAGCAGAGUCUAAUCUCACAUUCCUCGGUUUUAUCAUAUUCGAGAACAAGCUCAAGGACACAACUCCACCAGUCAUACACGAGUUGAGGAGAGCCGGCAUUCGCAAUAUCAUGUGUACAGGCGAUAACAUCCUCACCGCAAUAAGUGUCGCUCGUGAUUGCGGUCUUGUGGACCAAGACUCUCCUUGUUUUGUUCCUCGCUUUGCCGAUAGUAACCAUCAUUUUGAUGCAAAUGCUUCACUCAUCUGGGAAAAUGUGGACAAUCCAGCCGUACAACUUGAUGAAUUCUCACUCAAGCCUCAAUUUAAUUCUAUAGAUAACGAUAUUUCUGUGCCUUUUGAUAAUUUCAACAUGCGCACAUAUUCGUUAGCAGUCAGUGGAGAUGUAUUCCGUUGGCUCAUCAACUACGGCGACGAACGAGUGCUCAAAAAGGUUCUCAUCAAAGGACAAGUCUUUGCUCGAAUGUCUCCGGAUGAGAAACACGAAUUGGUCGAAAAACUUCAGUCUCUAGACUACUGUUGUGGAUUCUGUGGUGACGGAGCCAACGAUUGUGGCGCCCUUAAAGCUGCAGAUGUUGGAAUUUCCUUGUCCGAUGCAGAGGCAUCAGUUGCUGCACCGUUCACGAGCCGGGUUUUCGAUAUAUCGUGUGUUCCAAAGCUAAUUAAGGAGGGUCGGGCGGCACUGGUGACCAGCUUUUGUUGCUUCAAAUAUAUGAGUCUGUACUCUGCCAUACAGUUCACUAGUGUGAGCUUUUUGUACACAUCGGCUUCGAAUUUGGGAGAUUUUCAGUACCUUUACAUCGACUUGGCCGUGAUCCUGCCGAUAGCAAUUUUCAUGGGUUGGAAUGGUCCCUUUCCAAUCUUGACACAUAAACGGCCAACGGCAGAUCUUGUUUCUCGCAAAGUCCUUGUCCCAUUAAUUGGACAAAUGGCGAUAGCUGCUUUAACACAGCUGAUUGUGUUCGAGACUGUCCAGACAAGACCUUGGUUCAUACCUCCCAAAAUUGACUUGAACGACACCAAUAUCGAGAACUCUGAGAACACGUCAUUGUUUCUUACCUCUUGUUAUCAGUAUAUAUUGACCAGCGUUGUCUUGAGCAUUGGGCCGCCAUUCCGGCAAUCUAUAUUCAAAAAUGUUCCUUUCCUCGUCACAAUUGGCAUCGACCUAGCCCUCUCUAUUUUCAUGAUGACGGGCUCAUCAAAGGUAUUUACGCGCGUCAUGCAGUUGACGCGAAUGUCUACAGAGUACAAGAUAUUUCUCGUGUUCUUGGCCAUGUGCAGUUUGAUCAUUUCUUGGAUAGGCGAAAAGCGACUUUUCCCUUACCUGGCUCGCGUCUUGGGGCGUGGGUUUCUUCAACUUCGCCCUAAUCGCCAGAAAAAGAGACGUCAGUACAAGGUUGUCCAGGAAGAAAUGAGGAUGUGA